GGGCAAGAGCCAAGCGGGCUCUAGACCGACGCGGCCGUCCUUCGUAGCCGCCUCCACCUCGGUAGGACCUGUCGCGGUCGCCCGCUUGGCCACCAUGUCCGCCCAGGCGCAGAUGCGGGCUCUGCUGGACCAGCUCAUGGGCACGGCUCGGGACGGUUCAGUGUAUCUUUGCCUGCCUACAUCAAUCUGCAAGGGAGUUGCAGAAAAGCCUCAUGUUCAUCGAGCCGUGAGUCACAACCAAUUUCUAAGCUGUUAUAACAAAAAAGUGUUUGCUUUUUUUCACAAGUAACUUUAAAAGUGUAGUUUAGAAAGAAAACAUUUUCAAUAAAAAGACACUACAUUAAUCCUGGAUGCUUGCAAAUCCUAAAAUAUAUUCCUCCUUGACUAUUACACAGCUCUGUGUCCUAUACACAGAUUAGCUUUAAAAUUUGUCACAUACCACUUUGCCUUUACUUUUAUGUAUCAUUCCCCCUGACUUCCUUACUGCAGGUGUGGGCAAGAAAACUUUUCCUUUAAAACUUUUCAACAGCGGGCAUAAAAUUCUACAGCUGAGGUCUUGAAGAAUGCAGAUGGGUACAGUAUGUGUUGGAGCUCACAGUGUGUAUUGACUAACCUAGUUCCUUUUUGCUUUUUUUGGUAUUGUCUUGUUAAAAGUGACUCCCAGGUGCCAACUUUCUUUUUUAAGGGUGGGGAUGAAAGGGGAAUGAGAAAAUAGAUCUAGAUUAUUUAACAGUCAGUGAUAAGAGUUUGAAACCUUUCUUCUUUAUGUAAAUUUGGGCAAACCACCGCUUUUGUGUUUCUCCAUAACAAAAAGAUUAAGCUAAUAAGUAGAUUUUGUUUGUAGAAAUUAUCAGCUAUAAGUCACACAGUUGAUUGAUGGCACUUAUUGGUAUCUCACUGCCCACAUGUAUGUAUAUUAGACAAUGGCCUUUUGGUGCUCAGUCUUUUACUUCUGACUCCUUGACUUCUUUUGGCACAAAGAUGGAGUCAGAUAUCAUUGUGAUUCUUCAUGGUAAAUUUGGCCUCCAAAAAAAAUUCUGUAUUCUACUCCAGUUGUAAAUGUCUCUAGAUCAGCUUUUCAGUAUAUGUGAUGGGGAAAACACAGAAAUGAUAGUCUGCAAAUCAUCCAGGUGAAUUGUUGUACCAGAUAUCCUUUUGUGAUUAGCCUGAUAAUAUUGUCUUAUUUAAAACCACAAAUGAAUUUCAGGAGACGAAACCAGACAGAGGGUCAAGUUUACAGAUGAUCGAGUCUGCAAGAGUCACCUUCUGGACUGCUGCCCCCAUGACAUCCUGGCUGGGACGCGCAUGGAUUUAGGAGAAUGUACCAAGAUCCACGACUUGGCCCUCCGAGCAGAUUAUGAGAUUGCAAGUAAAGAAAGAGAUCUGUUCUUUGAAUUGGAUGCGAUGGAUCACUUGGAGUCCUUUAUUGCAGAGUGUGAUCGGAGGACUGAACUUGCCAAGAAACGGUUGGCAGAAACACAGGAGGAGAUCAGUGCAGAAGUUUCAGCAAAGGCAGAAAAAGUACACGAGUUGAAUGAAGAAAUAGGAAAACUUCUGGCUAAAGCUGAGCAGCUCGGAGCUGAAGGAAAUGUGGACGAAUCCCAAAAGAUUCUCAUGGAAGUGGAGAAAGUUCGUGCAAAGAAAAAAGAAGCUGAGGAAGAGUACAGGAAUUCCAUGCCUGCAUCCAGUUUCCAGCAGCAAAAGCUUCGUGUGUGCGAGGUCUGUUCUGCCUACCUGGGUCUUCAUGAUAACGACCGUCGCCUCGCAGACCACUUCGGGGGCAAGUUACACCUGGGUUUCAUUCAGAUCCGAGAGAAGCUUGAUCAGUUGAGGAAAACUGUGGCUGAAAAGCAGGAGAAGAGAAAUCAGGAUCGCUUGAGGAGGCGGGAGGAGCGAGAGCGGGAGGAGCGGCUGAGUAGAAGGUCUGGAUCCAGAACCAGAGACCGUAGGAGGUCACGCUCCCGAGAUCGGCGUCGGAGGCGGUCAAGAUCUACCUCCCGAGAGCGAAGGAAGUCUUCCCGGUCCCGGUCCCGAGACAGACACCGGCGCCAUCGCAGCCGUUCCCGGAGCCGCAGCCGGGGACAUCGCCGGGCUUCCAGGGACCGGAGUGCGAAAUACAAGUAACUACUCUGACUCCUUCAGUAGCUGCAACCAGGAGUUCUCCAGAGAGCGUGCAUCAAGAGAAGAGCCCUGGGAGUAUGGGCGGAGUGAGCGUGGGGCUGUGGACUGGAGGCUGGAGAACUCCAACGGGAAGACUGCUUCACGGAGGUCAGAGGAGAAGGAGGCCGGCGAGAUCUGAACCUGAGCUCUGAUGUUCUCAAUGAAAACAUUCAGCACAGCCUAAGAUUGCUCUUUAUAUUUGCUGUACACAACUCAUCUUUUGUAGUUUGAAUUUCUAUUGUAUGGAGCUAGCUGUGAGUUUCUAGGUCGUGCAGAGUUGCUCCUGUGUUCUGGGUUAUGUUGUGUAGGAAUAAAUAAACCUGACCGGCUGCCUCCUUACUCUCCUCUGCUGAGGUGCUUUGCUGGGACCCUCCUCCACUCCAGGAGAGACAGGCCUGCUGCUUUCCCCACUUCAGAAGACUGCAACUUGCAGUCCAGCCACCUUUUGGCUUUUGGUGUCUGUCCCCAGCUGAGCCAGGUAUAUGUGAUUGUCCGUCCUUGUACUUAACACCCAUCUUUGCUGGUCAUCUCUAGCUCCUGUUACAGACUGGAAGGCAGGCAGGGAGCAGAGGGCACAUUCCCCAUUCAUCUCUUCCGGAGCUGGCCUGUCAGAUCCUAGGUCAGGCAAGGUGUCCUGCCAUUCCCUAUUUGAAGUUAUGUAGGGCAAAGAAAAGCCCCUGGUUGGCACCCACCUGGCAGUCUUCAGAGGAGAGGGGUGUUAUCUUUGGGUCACAUUCCAGGGUGCUGCUUUGUGGUUCCUGCCUGGAUGGGUUUUUCUGUUACCCCCUCAUCUCUUCACUGCUGCUGUCAAGAUGGGUGCCUUAAGACCAAAGUGAAGGGUAACUGCUGACUGAUUUGUGGACACUGGAGCGCCUUCCCCUUUUAAUAUUUCUGGGGGCCGUUUACAUUUGUUUUAGAGGGAGCUUCUGUUCCCUCAUUGUUAACACAGUUAUUCAUCUCUACUCUGUAGAGGUGCACAUGUGGCAAAAUAGCAUCCAAAAGGCCACCAACAUCCUGAUGUGGCUGCUGGUCAGAGACAGUUCUUUCCUGUCUUCACAGAAAAGACUGGUGGGAAGGAAAUCUUUGGAAUCCACUUGGGCUUGGUACUUUGUUCUAUGUAUGUGCCCUAUGUAGGUUUCUGCACCAGCAGAAACCAGCAACUGGCCUGUAGGCAGGUCACAGGUGUCUAGGCUGAGUGUUCAUUUACACCCUGUGUUCUCCUGGAACUAAGACAGCCAGUCUAUCCACCCCCGUCCCCCACCAUUACCACUGUGACUGUUUUUUCCUUUUCUAUAUCUAGACAUAAAUUUCUCUGUGUGGACAAA